AUGCGGCGUACUUGUGUUGUUAAAGAAGAGAUUGUUUUAAGCUCGUCCGAGCCACAAGGCAGUCGUUGUGAAUCUGAAUGGGUCGAUUUGACAAAGAUUGGCUUGUCUGGAGAUAGUAUAGUAAGUGGUUGUGGUGAUGGUAUAGGUAGUAGAGUGGGUGAUAAUGGAGAUAGUAGAGUGGGUGAUAAUGGAGAUAGUAGAGUGGGUGAUGGUGGAGAUAGUGGGGUGGGAGUAAAAACCAAGAUGGGUGAUAAUGGCAUUGGACUUGGUGGUAGUGUUAGUGUUGAUGACAGUAUUGGAGAUAAAAUUGGCGGGGCUGAAAUAGGGAGUGAAGAUGCGCGGAGUAUUUCGGUGGGAAGAGAGUUGGUUGUGCUGCUACUGAACAUGCCUUCGCGGUGGACGGCUUGGUUUUGUCUGGGACUUGGCGUGGUGCUUUGUGGCUUCUCUAAUCGAUUGGGGGUGCAAAGUGUUAACCUGACUUCUAAACUGAUUUUGAACUUAGCUAAUGAUCCGAGUGCGGCUAAACAGCAGUUGUGGCUUUGGGUCUUUUAUAGUACUUUAAGCUCGGUUUUUCGAGAGUGCUACACUGUAUCUUUUUGUGCCUUUACUAAUAAGGUGAUUAUGGAGUUGUCGCGAUUAUUAUUCUUUGGUAGUCUUUAUAGUAGUUUGAGCUUAUCACCGGUCCGAUUAAGUCGGGUGGUUGAUCGAGGGAACAAGAGUAUGAGUACGUUUCUAACGAAGUUUUUAGGGGUGAUUCUUAGUAAGACAGUAAGUUCACUGCUAGUACUUUGGGAGAUUGCUGAGCUGGGCUGGUUUUACUUGGGAAUUGUAGUGGUUCUUAAUACAGUUUACUUGGGAGUAACUUGGUUCUUUAUUCAGAAACGAGUGGAGUAUAAGCAGAGUAGAAAUCGGUGUGAUGACUUGUACAGUACUAAGAUUAUGGAGUGCAUUAAGAACUUAGUGCUAAUUCAGAGUAGUAAUACUGAAUCUACUGAGUUACACCGGUUUAAAUAUUACUUGAAGAACUUGUUACACCUUCGGUACAAAGAUGCCUGGCUGGUCUUAAUCUUGCAUAUUGUUCAAAAAUCAAUCUAUACUGUCCUGUUUGUCUUCCUUUUCUUCUAUGCUUACUUUAACCAGCAGAAUCUAGAGCUGGUAAGUGUUAUCUUUUCUCUAGCUCAGUUUUCCAAGACAUUAGAUAAUAAUCUAUCGGCUAUUGCUCUAGCUAGUAAGGAUAUCUGUGUUUGUUAUGUUGACUGCCAAGAGUAUCUCAAAGCUAAACACGAUCUAUUUGCUAACUUACCUGUUCAUUCACCAAAUAGGGCUAUGGGAUCAUCCUCUUCUUUAGCUACUAGCCCAACCCCAUUGGAUUCAGAACAACUACUGGAAUUUCAAUCGGUCCGAUUUACUUACCCCGGUCAGGAACGACCUCUUUUCCACAAUCUGUCUUUCUCUAUCCAAAAAGGAGACAAGGUCUGUAUUGUUGGUCAAAGUGGCUGUGGUAAGAGCACUCUUCUUUCCCUUCUUCUUAAACGUUAUGUCUUUUCCGGUGAUAUUCUUCUUCAUGGUGAAAGCAUCCGCAAUCUUUCCAAAGACUAUAUCACCAGCAAAAUAGGCAUUGUUCCCCAGGACUCCGGUAUGUUUAACCAAACUCUAGAAGCCAAUCUCUUCUACGGCGUACCCCAUUCCGUUCCAACCGAACUACUUGAACGUUUAGUUUAUGACCUUUCAAUCGACCGUAUAGUUCAAACCAAAAAAGGCGGCUACCAAUGUCUGCUUGGAGACGACGGCAAGAACCUCUCCGGCGGCGAGAAGCAAAGAGUCGCCAUUGCCCGUGUUCUUCUCAAGAAUCCCGACAUCAUUAUCCUAGAUGAAUCUACCUCCAAAAUCAACCAAGAAAUAGAGCUCACCAUCAUUCAGUACCUUCUUUCCCUUCCCUCAACUCUAAUCAUCAUUUCCCACUCCCCCGCCCUAGCCAAGCUCAUGAACCGAGUCAUCUACCUCUAA